GUGGAUUCAAGGUAUGUAUAUCUAACAAUGAGCUUAGAUCCCCUGACCAACCAGAAGACUUCUUGACAGACAUAUUGUUAUAUAAAUAUUCAGAAUUGUUAUAAUUUUGAACAUACAAUUGAAUUACAAAUAUUAUAAUUGUAAUAAAAUGUCACGUCUAAUUCCAGAUAAAAUCUUCAUUCAGAAAAGAAAUUUAACACUAUUACGAACCUUGUGGGCAAAAACAAAAUCAACAAAAACCAGCAAUCCAUCUGCAGUGAAUGAUAAUGUUCCAGGGCUCAGUAAAAGAUGUGUUGAUGUUCCAAACACACCUGUUGGCCCUGGUGCUGCAAAGGAUAAAGAAUACAAAAAUCCAGAAUAUUUUUGUUACGGAAUUCAUAGUUUCGGAGAAGCAGAAGUAGAGCUAGCAAAAUAUAGAUUACCAGCACCUUCUAAUAAAGUACCUUUUAAUCGAUAAGUAGAUUUUAUCUUGAUAUUUUUCUUUGUGAAAACUUAUGUAACUAGCAAUGCAACAUAAUUAUUAGAAUAAAUUAUCUUAAACUAAAAUACAUUAAA